CCCCACAAUCCUCACGUUCAAAUAAUACAAUUCUCCACUCACCAAUUUAUUCACUCAAACUCUCAAACUUCUUCAUCUCCAAACAUCUCAAAACUCAUGAACAACAUGAAGACUUGUUUCUCACCAAAAAGAUCUUCAUCUUCUUUCAUAGCUCAUUACCCUUCCCCUUCACGUUUCACCUUACCAACUCCCUCUAGAAGCUUUUCAGACUCAGUGAUGAUGCAAACUCUAGAGGUAGCCGAGCCCAUGAUCGUAAAAUGGGAUCCGGAAGCCUCUACGUACGCGAAAGUCACCUCGUUGUUCUAUGAGAAUCGUGUAGAAGCUUUCGAGUUUAUCAAGCUUGUUAACAAGCUCCAUAAAGCUAUGCAUACACUAGCUGCUGAGAAUUCUAACUCAGAGUUGUUAAUAAGAGCCCAACAACUCAUGCAAAUCGCUAUGAAGCGGUUGGAGAAAGAGUUUUACCAAAUUUUGUCAAUGAAUCGAGCACAGUUAGACCCUGAAUCCGUUUCCAUUCGCUCGUCUAGGACAUCUACAAGAUCGAGUUUAUCGGAUUUUGCUGAUGAAUCUGAUGAAGAUGUGGGACAAUUACUUGGUGCUGUUGAAGAUGAUGCUGAAGGAGUUAUGAAAGAUCUUAAACUCAUAGCAGAUUGCAUGAUUUCAUCCGGGUAUGGUAAAGAAUGUGUGAAAAUAUACAAAAUCAUACGUAAAUCGAUAGUUGAUGAAGGUAUAUACAAACUCGGGGUAGAGAAAAUGAAGCCUAAUCGAGUUCAUAAACUCGAUUGGGACGUUUUGGAUCUCAAGAUUCGAAACUGGCUCGAAGCUGUGAAGAUUGCUGUGAAAACAUUGUUUAACGGAGAGCGAAUUCUAUGUGAUCAUGUUUUCUCUUCAUCUGAUACGAUUCGCGAGUCCUGUUACGCGGUGAUUACUAAAGAAGGCGCUUCGAUUUUGUUCGGGUUUCCAGAAAAUGUAGCGAAAAACAGUAAGAAAUCGCACGAAAGGAUCUUUCGCACACUCGAUAUGUACACUGCUAUAGCUGACCGGUGGCCAGAGAUCGUCUCCAUCUUCUCGUUUCCUUCAACGUCUAUCGUCGUUAAUCAAGCGCUCAAUUCGUUGACAAAGCUUAGCGACUCGGUUAGACAAGAUCUAACCGAGUUUGAAUCGUUUCUUGCGAAAAAAUCAGUGAAAACCAUCGUCCCGGGUGCAGGAGUUCACAAACACACAAUCGACACGAUGAACUACCUCUCGCUCCUUGGCGAUUAUGGCGUGUUGUCAGAUAUCCUGUACGACACGCCACCACCUGAAAACUCCUUCAUGUCUGAAUCGUUUUUCGACAGCUCACCCGCCCCAGCGGUCUCGCUAAAGCUAGCAUGGUUCAUUUUUAUUCUCAUUUGCAAACUAGACGAUACCGCUAAGCAUUACAAAGACGUCUCGCAGGCGUAUUUAUUCCUCGCGAAUAACAUCCAACACAUCGUGUCGAAAGUCCGCUCAUCAAACUUGCGGUACCUUCUCGGCGACGACUGGAUCAAUAAACGCGAACAGGAGGUCAAAAAGUUCGCGGUUAGCUACGAACGAGUCGCGUGGAGCCACGUGGUUGACGCGGUUCCUAAAACAGUAACGGAGAUGACUCGAGAACAAGCAAGAGAUCAUUUUAAAAACAUUAACAUAAGAUUUGAUGAGACGCAUCGUAAGCAGUUGCCCUUCGUGAUCCCGAACAGUAAGCUGCGUGACGAAAUCAAACUUUCGAUAGCCGGAAAACUUUUGCCCGCGUAUAGAGAGUUUUACAACGCGUAUAGAGUUGAGAUGGCGAAAGAUAGACGAUUCGCGGGAGUUGUGAAGUACACGCCUGAGGAUUUGGGGAACGCGCUUUCGGACCUGUUUUUUGGGUCGGGUCGGGGGUCGAUGUCGACAUCUGGGUCGGGGUCAUCAAUAUCAUCCGAGUCAAGAACGUCGUUGUCUCGAUGAAGGACGUUGCUGUUAGGUUGUUAUUAUUAAAUGCAAUUUUGCACAACCCCUGUAUUCUUGAAGGGGUGUAUGUGUAAUUAUAACCCAUGCAUGAAUGCACUCGGGUCGGGGAUAUGAAAUGAAAUUGUAUCAAUUCCGUUAUUAAAAA